AUGGUUUUUGGUGAGUUCUUCCACACACCCGGACAAGAGGAGGAACUGGUGAACCUGAAUGUUGGGGGCUUUAGGCAGUCCGUUGGUCAGAGUACCCUCCUCCGCUUUCCUCACACCAGACUGGGGCGCCUACUCACCUGCCACUCAGAGGAGGCCAUCCUGGAGCUCUGCGAUGACUAUAGUGUGGCCGAGAAGGAGUAUUACUUUGACCGAAACCCAUCCUUGUUCCGCUACGUCUUGAAUUUCUACUAUACGGGCAAGCUUCACGUCAUGGAGGAGCUCUGCGUGUUCUCCUUUUGCCAGGAGAUCGAGUACUGGGGCAUCAACGAGCUCUUCAUUGACUCCUGCUGCAGUAACCGCUACCAAGAACGAAAAGACGACAACCCCAAUAAGGACUGGGACCAGAAGAGCAACGAUGGGAGCACGGACUCUUCCUUCGAGGAGUCAUCCAUCUUUGAGAAAGAGCUGGAGAAGUUUGACACCAUGCGGUUCGGCAGCCUCCGGAAGAAGAUCUGGAUCAGGAUGGAAAACCCUGCGUCCUGUCUGUCAGCUAAGCUCAUAGCCAUCUCCUCCUUGAGUGUCGUGUUGGCGUCCAUCGUGGCGAUGUGCGUCCACAGCAUGGCGGAGUUCCAGAAAACAGAGGAUGGGGUAGAAAACCCUGUUUUGGAAGCGGUGGAGAUCACGUGCAUCAUCUGGUUCACCGGUGAGUUAGCAAUAAGGCUGGUAGCUGCUCCUUGCCAAAAGAAGUUCUGGAAGAGCCCUUUGAACAUCAUAGACUUUGUGUCCAUCAUUCCCUUCUAUGCCACGUUGGCCGUGGACACCAAGAAUGAAGACAGUGAAGAUAUCGAGAACGUGGGGAAGGUGGUUCAGAUCCUGAGGCUCAUGAGAAUCUUUCGCAUCCUGAAGCUGGCCCGGCAUUCCGUUGGGCUCCGGUCUCUCGGAGCCACGUUGAGGCACAGCUAUCAUGAAGUGGGCCUCCUUCUCCUCUUCCUGUCAGUGGGAAUUUCCAUCUUUUCUGUGCUUGUCUACUCUGUGGAAAAGGAUGAUGCCCAGUCGGGGCUUACCAGCAUCCCUAUCUGCUGGUGGUGGGCUACCAUCAGCAUGACCACCGUGGGCUACGGAGACACCCACCCCGUCACGUUGGCGGGAAAACUCCUCGGGAGCACGUGCAUCAUUUGCGGGAUCCUGGUGGUGGCCCUUCCCAUCACGAUCAUCUUCAACAAGUUUUCCAAGUAUUACCAGAAACAGAAGGAUGUCGAUGUGGACCACGGCAGCGACGAAGCACCGGAGGGCUGUAACGAGCUGCCCUACUUCAACAUUAGGGAUAUUUAUGCCAAGCGGGUACAUUCCUUUAUUUCUAGCCUUUCUUCUGCAGGGAUUGUAGCGAGUGAGCAGGACGCCACAGAUGCAUCUAGUAUCGACGAGGCUGAGGACAUUUAUGACACUGUGUCCUUAGAGAAUGACGCAGUCAAGUGA